CUCUGUGGCUCGACAACGAUUUGGGAAAUGAAGGGAGGAGGGAACUACUUUCCUGAAACUUGCUAUGCUGCACACGACUUCGAGUUGCAGUGAUUCGCCCGGAGGCCGCAGCUCUUAGCCCUACCCACACGCUCUCACAGCCCGGGUACUGCGCUCGGCAACCGCGCCCCGUGCCCGCUCUGGCCGCCGGGGCAGGCUGGCAGCCGGGAGAAGUCGCCAGGGACUACUUCGCCUCCUUCUCCCGUGGGCGCCCCCGGUUCGGGCAGCGGCGGCGGCGGAAGGAGCGGGCGGCGUGAGCGCUUCCGCCGCCCCCCUCACGGCUCCCCUCCGGCGGGUGUGAGGAGCUUGCCCGCCGAGCUGCUGGUGGGCACCGGCUGGUGGGGGACCUGCGGCUGCUCUCGUCGCUCUCCCGCUGCUUCCCGGCACCUUGUUUCCUGGGCGCGUCCGCUCUUCUCCGACCGGGUGGGGGAGAUCGGCUCGUCUGCCCUGGCCUCACACGCUCCCCGCCGCCCCCUCCUCCCCCCUGCUGGAGGCGUCCCGGCAGGAGCGUGUCUGGAGGAAUCCGCCGCCGCGAGGCCCCUCGCCCGGUCCUGCUCGUGCCUGAGGACCGCCCCGGUCGCCGCCGGGCGCUAAGCGGGCAGCCGGCGGCGAGGUGGGAGAUGGUGGGGUGGGCUCUGGCAGGACCGCGCCGCCGCCGCCCGGAGCCUGGGCUCGGCACCCUCCCGCCGGCCCCCACCGAACGGAGCUCUGCUUCCUCCUCGCCGCAUCCCUGAGGGAAGCGCCGCCUCUGCUCCCGGGUUCUCCGCCCGCCCGCUCCUUCCUGGCCGGACCCCGUCGCGCUCCACCCCGGUGGCGGGAGGAGCAGCUCUCCAGUCAGCCUUCGCAGCCCCUCUUCCUUUUUUCCUUUCCACCCACCCUCCCUGGCCUCCUCGGAUCCCUUGGCUGGGCGCUGAGGCGGAGGAAGAGGCUGGGGUCGCCACGGCGGAGGUUGUUGCCGCCACCCCCCUGCGGGGGUGGCCGGGGUUCCCGGCUGGGGGGGCACCGUUCCGGGUGAGGCAUCCACCAUGGUGAGGCCCCUGAGCCGCUGCCCCCGCGCCCCCCCGGCCGCCGCUGCCUCCUGCCCCUCGGUGCUGCUGCUGCCUCUCCGCCUGCUGUUGCUCCUCCAUCUCCAGAUCGGAUCGCGGUGAGGGAAAGAUGAGCGAGGAGACGGCGACUUCUGACAACGAUAAUAGUUAUGCACGAGUGCGAGCUGUGGUGAUGACCCGGGAUGACUCAAGUGGUGGAUGGUUACCACUUGGAGGGAGUGGACUAAGCUGCGUCACUGUCUUCAAAGUCCCUCACCAGGAAGAGAAUGGCUGUGCUGACUUUUUUAUCCGUGGAGAGCGACUCAGGGACAAAAUGGUGGUUUUGGAAUGUAUGCUUAAAAAAGACCUCAUUUACAAUAAGGUCACUCCAACAUUUCACCACUGGAAGAUUGAUGACAAGAAAUUUGGCCUUACCUUUCAAAGUCCUGCUGAUGCUAGGGCUUUUGAUAGAGGCAUUCGAAGAGCUCUAGAAGAUAUUUCUCAAGGAUGCCCAACAUUUAAAAAUGAAGCUGAGGGAACAGAAGAUGACUUACAAGCAACUGAAGAGGACACUUCCAGUUCUCUAGUGAAAGAUCAUCUUUUCCAGCAAGAGACAGUUGUUACCAGUGAGCCAUAUAGAAGCUCCAGACCUUCUGCCUUUGAAGAUCUGAAUGCCAGAAGAGUUUACUUACAAAGCCAAGCCAAUCAGAUAACGUUCAGUCAUCCAGGCCUAGACAUUCAGAGCAGAAGUAUAGAAUAUGUACAACGGCAAAUAUCCAAGGAGUGUGGAAGCCUAAAGUCCCAAAAUAGGGUCCCUUUGAAAUCAAUCCGACAUGUCAGCUUUCAAGAUGAGGAUGAGAUUGUCAGAAUAAACCCUCGAGAUAUCUUAAUACGUCGUUAUGCAGACUACAGACAUCCUGACAUGUGGAAAAAUGACUUAGAGAGAGAUGAUACUGAUUCCAAUAUUCAAUUUUCUAAACCAGACAGUAAAAAAUCAGACUACCUGUACUCUUGUGGGGAUGAGACUAAGUUAAGUUCACUCAAAGACUCUGUGGUAUUUAAGACACAGCCUUCCUCAUUAAAAUUUAAGAAGUCAAAACGAAGAAAAGAAGAUGGUGAACGUUCCCGCUGCGUAUACUGCCAGGAAAGGUUUAAUCAUGAAGAAAAUGGCAGGGGAAAAUGUCAGGAUGCUCCAGACCCUAUUAAAAGAUGCAUAUAUCAAGUUAGUUGCAUGCUCUGUGCAGAGAGCAUGUUAUAUCAUUGUAUGUCAGACUCAGAGGGAGAUUUUUCUGAUCCCUGUUCAUGUGACACUAGUGAUGACAAGUUCUGCUUACGAUGGUUAGCCCUAGUAGCUUUGUCUUUCAUUGUACCAUGUAUGUGCUGCUAUGUCCCUUUGAGAAUGUGCCAUCGUUGUGGUGAGGCGUGUGGGUGCUGUGGUGGGAAACAUAAAGCUGCUGGAUGAAAGGAUCCAGUGCCAAAAUGAGCUUAAAAUCUUUGUUUCCAGGAAUUAGCUAACUUGGAUUUGUGGAAGCUUUUGGCAAGCAAUACGAAAUCUUGCCUGGUAUCAUUGGGGCCACACGUGGAGGAAGCAGAACUUGUUAGUUCUUGGCUUUUCACAAAUGCUAGCCAUGCCUAACUUUUUCCCUUCAGUGCAUGGCAUGUUUUGUUACAGGUUGUAAAGAGUAUUUGCAAAAGGAAACCAUUUCUGGUUAUUGGCUAUAAAAAGUGAGCAUAAAAUAUCCAACUAAAAGGGAUUAAUUUUUGGCAUUUUUGUAUAUUUAUGCAUUAGGUGAUGGGACUUUUAAAGGUUUGAAUUCAUUAAGACAUAAACUAAAAGUGCACUAGGGGACAGUUGAUUUCAAUCUAAGAAAAGUUAACACUUGGGAAUUGUAAGAAGUAAAACAAGUGCAACUAAAUCAUUUAUUAGUUGUUUUUUGAAAGCGGUUUUAUGUAUAAAUAACAAAUGUUUAUAUUUAACUAUAAGGUACGAAUUAUCACAUAUUAAACUUUUCUUCCCCUUCUAGUUCUGAAGUAGAUGUACAUAUAUAUCUACUGUCACAUUCCAUUAUAUUUUGAAUAUUUUACUCAUCUAGUUAAUAAUGUUUUUAUUCCAUGUGAAUGAUUUGAUAUUUUCAUCCCCAUUUCCCUCUGGCUACAGUUUAUAUUGAGUUCUGUCUGUACAUUCUGGUAAUCUAAAAUCUUUAAAAAUAUUCUAAUAGCCUUGAGUGACCAAUUUUUUUUUUUAAAGCACAGAUGUAAUUGUCUAAUGUUCUGAUGGGAACGUAACACUUAUUUUUAUAUAAAAAGAGACUAAGUAAACAUUAUAGAAAAAAGUGAGGUUUUGGGGUUGUUUUGUUUUUUGUGGUAUUCAACCAGCAAGUUGUUUUCUUUCAGAGUUUCCUCCUUCAGAAAAUCAUAUUGCAUUUACAAAUGUUUUACAAGGCAAAAAGUGUAACUGGAUAGUUCGUGUAAAAGUUUCCUCCUGAGAUCUCCAUUUAUCAUUCUGCUAAAUUAGAAUAUGUUCAGCUGUGUUAAUAAUUUUUUAGCUUAAUUCUCAAUGCUUAUUAUUCACAUAACAAUAACUUUUCCCAGGUGCAUUUUACUUUAUUUAAACUUGCCAAAAGCAAAAUUAUUUUAUGUUAAAGUAUAUACUAAACUAUCCCAGGAAAGUAUUUAAUCCAACAUUGUGAAUGAAAUAUCUUGUACAUAUAAUUUUAUUUCUUUUGCAGAGCAUCGUAUUACUGGAUGUUUUAUUUACAAAAUAGUUGGAUAAAUGUUCCAACAAAUUGUUUAAAGUAGUUGGGGUCAGUUUGUCUGGUUGCUUUGUUUUUUUGUUGUUUUUUUCGUUUUGUUGUUUGUUUUUUUGUUUUGUUUUUUGUCUUUUUUAAGUGUUACAUUAAAACUCUAACAAGUAAAGGGUUCUUUAAGAACAUUCCCUUAGAGGGAUAAAGUUGAGAAGUGUGCCUUUUUUUUAAUGGCUUGAAGUUUCAGAAGUGAUAAAAUUAAAAUCACACUACUAUUUGAAGCUCAUUUCUAUGCAGGUUUUAAAAUGUCAUUUAUGUAUUGUUCUUUUUACAUAUCACACUUAAGCUUGUGUUAGCUUUCUUCUUUUGCCCCAGAUCAAACUGAACAAUGUAUAUAACACUCUCUGUCUGUAAAAUACUUUUUUUUUAAGAAAGCAUUUAUAUUUAUAUGACAGCUUGAACUGACAACAUUGUGUAUAUAGAUCAUCUUGAAGUAUUAUUUCACAUUGAAAAGAAGAAAAAUAUAUUGAUAACUAUAGAUGUUAUGAAGAAGAGGUUAUUUCUAGUUUUGUACUAAAAAUCAAUUGGAUGAAUUAAAUCCAAAAUAUGACACUGUAGCAGCAGUUCUAAGGCUUAUUUUUACUGUUUAUAUAAUUGAACACUGCUACACCAGGUGAUCUUCAUCCCUGAAGUUUUCAGCUAAACUUGGUUUCCUAGAAUAGACUGUUAACUUUCAAAAUUACUUUUUAUUGGUAAAAUGGAAAUAUUGGUUUUCCUUGUGAAUGAAUUUUCAUAUUUGUAAGUGCUGAGUUCAUGAUUCAGGUUUGAGCAAGGUGUGAAUAACUGAAGAAAAUAACUUGCUGGCUCUAUAGGAAAAUGCUGUGGAAAUGAACUGUGUAUAUACUUCUAGGAAGAACAAAUUUAAUCAUUUCUUCUGUUAAGCACUAAUCAGUAUAGUGCAACUCCUGGUUCUGUACUGUAUUUUAUAUGCAACAUAUAUGCUUUAAUAUUUUAAUGUUUGUGCAUUAAUAUUUUCAAUUUGUUUAACCACUUUGCUGCUAAGAUUUUGCCAUCCCAUUCCCAUUUUUUCCUUUACAAUUUUAAACAAGUUUCUUCAUUAAAAACUAUGGUGAUGAAAUGGUUUUUAUUUCACCUUGGAUCUUUAUAGUUAACACACUCAGAUUCCAAACCAGUCUAGAAGACUAACUGGUAAUAUAAUGUUAUCUGAAUCCCUAUGUGGAAAUGUUCUCUUGAGUAAAUUAGAAUUAUGUGGGGAAAAAAAGGAUAGUUUAAAUUUCUUAAAAUGUGUAUAGAUAUGUUCAGGAACGUUUUCUCCUUCUGCGUACAGACUUGGCACUGCCAAGUGGCUUUUCCUCUGAAACCUUUCUCUUUGCUUUUAAUCUGGUAGUAUCAGCAAAUGGCUAAACCAGCUUAAGUAAUAGUAAAUAUUGAAAAUGAAAUCAUCUGGAUGGCAUAGCAAGAAAGACUUUGGUCUGAUGGCUUUUUGUGUUCAGAACUGAUAAUUCUUAAAUGAUUUUUCUCCUGCCUCGACAGGGGAAUCAUUUGAUUUCUGAAGAAAUAUGAGAUAUGGAACUUCAGCACCACCUGCUGGAUGAUUUAUAGACCAGAGACAUGAGGUGGUGAUCAGGAUCUGACAGGGUUCAUCACUACUACCAAUAAAAAGGGCUAUUUAAGUAGUGGCCACCUCCACACAGAGAGAGCAAGAAUAAGAUAUAUCUCAAAUGAACUGUAAAACGAACCUUUUCUCUAAUGUGUCUUUUGGUCACUGAAAGAUUCUAAGCACUUUCUUCUGACAUAUCCUGUCUUAAAAUAUUUAUUGAUAUUUGGAACUGGCAAUCAAACUUGAUGUGCCGAAGCAUUUAUAAAACUAAUUCUUUUAACCUGCAAAAGCCAUUACCAAAAUGGUAUUCUAAUUUUCCUCCCAUUAACAGCCAGGGAGUUUUAAAAAUAAAUAAACGUCACCUAUAUUUGAUCAUGACAACUUCAGAAAGUGUGUGUAUGUCUCUGGGAUGAUGUUGGGACAGGGGUUAAAAUUUAAAGGGGAAAACUUGAAACUACCUAUUUUCAUUGGUUAUUCAGCAGUGCCUAAAAAGAACUUUUGAAAUAAUACAAAUGCACUUUCGAUUCAUGUGUAUAGUGCCAUCUGAUAUCUUGGGUAAGUCUUGCUUUUUCUUUUCUUUUACUUCCCACCCCACCCCCUUAAUUGAAUGCCACAGAGAUGUUUUCUAAUAUCCAUAUAAGUCUUCAAAGUACAGGAAACAUGUACUUUCCUCCAGAUGGGCGAUUUAAAGGAUGUUUCUUUCGUUGAAAUUUACUUUAGGCUUUGUGAUUACUGUUUUGGAAUAUGUGGGUAAGAUUGAGUUUUUAAUUAUAGCCCAAAGAUGCAUUAAAUAAGUGUAACAUUUUCUGCAUAAAACUUUGAAAACUUCAGUUACCUAGAAAAUAGAUUCUUCACUAAAUAUUCUCAUUCUUAAUUUGACCUCCAGGAUCACAUUUCUAAGUAGAAGGGAAAGCACUAGAAACUUGCAUUGUUGUUGCACUUAAAAAAAAUUUGUCUAUAAACCAUGAUAAUAAUAGUACCAUAAGGUGUUUUGCAGUGAGUCAAAACGUUAAGAAAUCACGGCCUGAGGUGAUUUAUAUAAACCAAAACCAAAACCCAACAACAACAACAACAAAAGGGCUUUAAGGUGUUAAGGUACUGUUUGCCUAGCAGCCAGGUGGUUAUAAAACUUUCAUAUGCUUUGAUACACUGAUGUUAGCCAUUGUUCCUGAAAGCUCCUUAAAUUGCAUAAGUUGCUAGUUUUGAAACUUUUCAAGAAUAAUCUAGUUAAAAAACCUUUGUAUUAAAGAUACACAUAGAUUUUUGUGAACAUUGCCAGUAUGUAGUGUCAUUUGCUUUCUAUUCUUGACCUCAAAAGUGCCUCACUUGUAUAUUCCAUUAAAAGCUUGACUGCAUUCUUUCUAAUAAGCAAUGAAAAAUUGUUUAACUCAUGUCAUAAUGUAUCUCCUUAGAUAUAGUUGAUUAGCUUGAUAGUUUGGAUAUAUAAUGUAAAUAUGCAUAUAUAAGUUUGUAACUGUUUUUGUUACAUCAUACCCAUGUAAUUGGACAUAUCAGAUGAUAUCAUAAGAAUUUGUUUUAAUUACCUGAUUAAACCUAUCAUGAAAUACAAAA